UUUAGAGAACGCAGUGAACGUCAAUUUGGUAAACAACGAAGAGGAAGCAAGCGGGUUUAAGUUUCUGUGUUUUUUUACCAUUAUCCACAUGAUUUACUCCAAAUCAGCUCAGUCUAAAUAUGCAAACAAUUUAACAGUGUAUACAUACGUUCUCAACCUGAUUCAAUUAAAAAUAUUAUAUUAUCAAUAUUGAAUCAUGCGUUUCCAAUGUGAGCAUGUGGAAAGGAAAUGAUGGAAUGUGUGUAGAAGGGAAGGGAAAGUAAGGGAAAGAAAGGAAAGGCAAAUCCACACAAAUACAAAGCAAGCGAACACAAACAAAUCUUUCGGCUCUGCUAACGCGGCGAAAUGCGAAAUAGUAGCGAGGUGUCGUGAACAACAACGAAGUGAAAUAGCCAGGGAGACAAACAGACAACAACGAACAACAGCCGCGCGAGCGACGACUAAACGCCAUAGGUUUGGAGAGCUGUGUUUUAAAUACAUAUUUUCAAUGGAAAAUACAUUUUUAGUAUAGUUUAAAAAAUAUAUAUUUGUACAUUAUUGCAUGGCUACAAUGUGAAUCCAUAAAAAAUAAUGUAUUUUGUGCAAUCGAUGAGGGCCAUUGGUCAGAAAAUGAACUAUAAAAACUGAAACGUCAAAUAUAAAUUUGUGUAUACAUAUUUACAUACAUAUGUGGAUUCGCACAAACAUAUGCACAUACAAAUAAGUGGCCGAUUUGUUUUGCGAAUUGCGAAGGCGACAAAGUCGACGAAGAAAAGCGAUUUCAUGUAUUGGGAAAAUUAAAAAGUAAAAAAUAAAGAAAAAAUAUGUAUAAACUUUAUUCGUACGGAUAGUGAAUUAUAACUAACAGCUUUGGAAAAGAGUGGACAGUGGAUUAUAUUCGUAGUGGUGUAGCAAGUGCAUUGGUGGUGAGAGACAUUGGCAUUUUUGAUUGUAAACGAAAAACUAGCAUACAGACCGCUCUGACUAUUAUCAAUCGGAAUUUGACAUAACCCACAAAAAAUAACACCUUUAUAGGCGAAAGUCAAAUCCAGACCUGUAAAAUUUGUGCCCCGGCGGAGAAAUCGAUACAGCGCAGUAGUCCUGGUCAUCACGUCGGCAGCCAUUUCAGUAACCAGCUACAAACAUACGCACCUACUGUGAACAUAGUAGGCUGGUGCAAAGGUGCAGCAGUAGAAAGGAAGGCACUCCAUGGCCACGAAUGUGAAACCCGCACGAAAAGCAGCGGCUCACGACAGCGUGGAAAGAGUUAUAGAAUCAGUAAGAGCAGCAGCAGCAAGAUCACGAUUGCCCGCAUACUAAAGCACGUAGUAACUCAUUGACUCUGGCCAUAUCAGCAUUCGUAUGAUAUCAUCAGCGUUGUAAUGGAGCAAAACGCUUUGGUUGCUGAGGAUAGCAUUGACUCGAUACCUGGUCCAGUAUAUGAGCGUAUUGUUGGUGCCACGCCCAUAUUAGCACCGCCGGGCGUUAAAUGCGAUAAUUUCAAUGCAAACAGCGUAUCCAUAGCAGAUGAAGAAGAUGUGGAAUUGGAAGACGAAGAAGGCAGUGACAUGGACGGAGAUGAAGAUGAUAUGGAAGUAGAAGAUGAUCAGGAAGAGCCGCGCGGCGAUCAGGGAGAAGGCGAUGCUGAAGAAGAGAAUUUUUUGGAAGAUUCUUAUAGUGAGCGUGACGAUUAUAAGGAAAAUGAACGUCAUACAGGGCAGAAAGGUCUGAAUAUUCUAGAAGGCGCUACACUUUCUGCCGCCGCUGCUACUGAGGAAGCGAGCGGCAAUACAACCGGUAAUUCAACAUCCAUAGCAACAACAGUUUUAGGAAGUCAGGCACUUAAGCCGGAAUUAGAAACGAUUUUAGACAACAAAUCAUCGAUUGUGAUUGAUUCGUCACCAGUCGACGCUGGUGAUUGCCCAGUACCAGUGCAAAUCGUCUCUGCCGUAGCGGUGAAACCCAAGAUGUUGCCUAUGAAAACGAAAAGUAAUAAGUUAAUUAUGGUCCAAUUGAUAAAUGAGCAGCCAGUAGACAACAGUCAUGCGGCUGCUAUCAAUACAGCGGCUGAUCAACUCGGCAACGUUUCGAGCGCCGUUGUCACGGAGCUGGGUGAUGCAGUCGGUGCAGAUACUGGCAAACCGAAUUCACCCAAUGAAGACAAAUCGCCUAAUUCAUCACAGCAACACCAGCAACAACAACAAAAUGCACGUUUUCUUGCGCGCAGCAGCACACCACUUUCCCGCGAAUUUCUUGCACUCCAGCGUUCCGUGAAUGAAUCAAAGGUAUUAAGUGAAUUUGUUACCGAUACCGUGCGAAAGCGACAAAAGAACACACCAAAAGAUGCUAACGAACAAACACCCACACACCAUCAUCAUCACCAUCAUCAUUCGCAUGCUGAAAAGCAGCGUAAGCCUGCCAAAUUCGCUCCGCUUAAGGACGAUGGCGGCAGUUCCUCCUCAAGCGCAUUUCCGCGGCGUUCACGCAGCAAAAGCGUUAAUCGCAAGAGUACUGAUAUUCUGGAUGCGGCUAGUGGUAAGCUGAGACGCUGGCCAUCCGAUGAGAAGAUGCUCAAGCGAACAAAUAUGCGUUCGCAAAAUUCAGAAUUUGUGCAAAAGCAAAUGGAGUUUUUGAAUCGUGUGAAACACGAUGAAGGCGAAGUGUCUUCGGAAGCGGACGAUGGCGAGCGAAGUUUUGUCAAUGGUGGCGAGGAUGAUGAAUUGCAUUUGCCGGUCGAGCAUAAUACAAUGAACGAUAGUAAUGCUUCAGUUGCUGGAUUGGUAGGCAGCACAAGCUCGUUGCUGGAGGCAUCUUUGGAGCGGGGGGAGAGUGGUGGCAGUAAUGGUAUGUCGGUACAUAUAGAUAGCGUCGAGGCGCGCUUAAUGACUUAUUGGGCGCCACCACCGAAGCGUGGUUGGGAUAGCUUCUGUUGGAAAUGCCGCGAGUGCGCCGACUUAUUGCCCUGUUCUAAAUGUGUGCGUUGCUUUCAUUACACUUGCAUUAAGAUAGCAGCAUCCACAAAAUUGGACGAUUCUUGGGUGUGUCCCGAGUGCGUGAACGUGGAGAACGUAUUGAAUGGGCCGAAACGCAGCUCACGUCGCAGUGAGGUGUCCUUGGAUUUGCUGAGCCAGCUUCUUUCGUUCGCGCUCAAGCGCAUGAAGAUGGUUAAAGGGUAUUCCAAGUUCCUGUACACCGACGAAGAUCUUUUGCAUUACUCCAAGUAUAUUGUAAAUCCCGUCACAUUCUCAACAUUGCAGGAGAAGAUCGAGAAACGCGCUUUCCGCUGUUCAGAAGAUUUCCUUAACGAAACCAAAUGGAUACUACACAAUGCGCUCAUCCUAAGCAGUGGCAGCUCUAGCAAGGAGGUGUUUACGGCUAAAGCCAUACUGAAAGUUUGCCGCCAGGAGGCCAAUGAAAUCGACACCUGUGGCGAAUGUUAUCUGAAUGCAAAUACGCGCACCGAUUGGUUUGUUGACGUAUGCGCCCAGCCACACCUCUUACUUUGGGCAAAGUUGAAGGGCUUCCCUUAUUGGCCCGCCAAAGCCAUGGGACCCGGACAGGGACUGUCGCAUGUAAAUGUGCGUUUUUUCGGCGAACAUGAUCGCGCUUUUGUGCCGGUCAAAGAUUGUUUUCUCUACUCCGAGCAGGAUCCAAACACUCAAACUGGAAAGCGUUCGGCGCGCGAGUUGGCCGAUUGCAUCAAGGAAGUGGAGGUGCACAUUGAAAAGAUAAGAACUAAAGUUGGCGCUUUCAAGUAUGCCAAAUUUAAAGUGCCCUAUGAACCGGCAGAGGAAUUGCAACAAUUGGAAAUGAUGAUGCCUGGCGUGAUGGAGUAUAUGAAGAGGCAACAGGCGCUUGUGCCGAAACCCUCGUUGCAGUAUAAAAUUGUGAAAACGGCUGACAAUCAUUUGUCGAUUAUAAAGAAGGCGAGUGCCACAGAGUCGGGCAAUGACUCGGACCAUUCGGGUAGCCCGAAUAAGAAAGCGAUCAGUAAUAGUUGUGCAAGUAGUGGCUGUAAUGUUGGCGAAAUAAAGUCAUCCGCAAUGGCACCCAAGUAUGAGGUGGUGAGCAAAGCGAGUUCCGAUGAUAGCAAUUCGUCCAAGGUGACCGCUGUAAUAUUGAAACGAAAACCGAGUAGCGAGCGCAAAAAGGAUGCAGGCGAAGAUCUUGAGCUGCCAAUGCCGAAGAUGAUAAAAUUCGACGCUGAUGAGGAGGAGCAGAAAAUGAAAACUACCGAUAAUGUGGGCGGUAGCGCUGCUAGCAGUGGAAAUACUACAACAGGCAAGCGCAAGCAUGGUGCGGAUGAUGGCGGCGGUGGGAGCGCAAACACAAGCUGCAGUAGCGGCAACAGUUCCACCAAGUUAACCGAAUCUGAGCGCCACCGCACGAAGCACGCCAAACAUGAGCCACGUGUACCAAUGAUUACCAUUAAAACAAACGCAAAUGCGUUGACAGUUGCAGUUGGCGCCGAAACAAAGGCUUCCGCUAUGAUUUCAACGCCUAUUUCAAACACCACAACAACAGCUAAGCUGAACGCUGAUAGGAAGACCCCGAUUGUGUGUGUAAAAGAAGAAGUGGCUGCGGUAGCAACGCCUAUACCAAUGUCAUCUCCAUCGCAUAAUGCUCAAACAAUGAUGGAGAAUUUGGUUAAAAAUAAGCAUGGUGUGACAAUUAAGAAAAUAUCGAAAGAGGGGGCCAAGAAACCCACGGAUGAAUCAACGAAGUCGAAGGGGGUAAUAGAUGCAGCCACAGACGAGGCCCAACCAGCUGCGCAGCCAGGAGGCAAGACCACCCUCGCAGCUACAGAUGCUGUAAGCGGAACACAGGAGAGCAGCGCUACCAAUAACAAUAGCAACAACAAUGAAAGUAACAGUGCCAGCGGUAGCAAAGGCGCGAAUACGCACAGUAGUGGCUCGUCGAAGACGGAGGAGUACAAAAAGAGCGGCACCAAAUCAAACGAAUCCGCGCAUAUACUCAAGGACUUAGUGCCGUUUGUAGAGAUUAAAAAGGAAGUUACUUCAGAUGAUGAAGCGGACAUGUCAUUGGCCGCCAAUGCAAGCGUGCAGAGCAACAAGCAGACACAUCCUACUUGUGCGAACGCAAAUGAGAAAGUAGCCACGGUUUCAUCGGUAGCUGUGCCGGUACCAAAGGUGAGCAGCGCUACUGUUACGCAAGUGCCAUUAGCUGAUGUCACAACACCGGUUAUACAACCGAAUUUAUCACUAGUAAAAAAGGAAGUCAUGUCUGAUGAGGAGGAGCCAACAGUCGCCGCCGCAAGCAACGCAGUGCUUAUUAGCGCCUCACAGCAAACAAUUAAUACGCCCACAGUUGCUGGCGAUAAGACGUCCGAUGUACAGACUACUGCGGGGGUGGCUCCUCCCACGUUGCCCGAUGCGGUACGCGUUGGUGAUACUAUGAUACAGCGCGUGAAUACAAAAAAUGCACGCAACACCCAGCCGAGUUUAGUCGCACUGAAAUCAUCGGCACAGGUUGUACAGGAAGUGGCCGCUGCGAUGGAUGCAACGACGGCGGUUGCGGCGGUAAUGCACAUUAGCCCGUCCAAUAGACGAACGAAUACCCGUGGCGUCCCAUAUGGCCCAUUACCGGCAUCGGCUGUUGCGCAGCCCCAGUUGCAGCCACAAAAGGGUGCAGUUGUAGCAAGCAAUACAAUAAAUCGCGCGACGAUGCAGCUACAACAACAACAACAACCACAACAACACCUACAACAACAACAGCUGCAGCAGCAGCAACCACACCAAUUGCCGCAAUCACAGCCAUCGGUCACAGCUCAAUCACAAGCGCAAUUACAGCCGUUGCAACCGCCCCAGCAGCGCGCACGCAAAUCAUUUCCAAAUCGCGGCACACCUGAUAUCACUCCGGCGCGUAGCAUCUUCCCCGCCGCGCCGCUUCCAACGCCUGGUGUUCCACCAACUACUACUCCACCCUUGGUGACCAAUAACGACUUGAAACGUACGCUACUUAAAAAUAGCAUGGUUUCCAUACCACGGCAAGCCUGGUCGCCACAUGAGCCGCAGCGAAACGCCGCUGUCGGCAACGGCAACAGCAACAGCAGCAGUAGCGCAAACACUCAUUCGAUUCCAGUACCACCGUUGACCGCUGUUUCCAAAACACCCACAGUCGGAGUGGCGUUGAGUGAUAAUAACAGCGCAGGCAACAACAACUUGAGCAACAACAACAAUAUGCUUUGCAACUCCAGUGCUAAUGUCAAUGUCGCCAUUAACACCACACCAAUAGCAACACCUUUUGUCACUUGCAACGGCAGUAUCGGUCCAAGUGGACCGGCGCUUCUUACGCCGCUUAGCAUGUCAGCACCGCCUCCACUGGCAGGUCUCUCUCAACCGUCCACCAGUAUAUUGGCACCUACAGCAGCAUCUUCGUUGGCUAUGAAUAUGCCAAUAGCGGGCAAUAACACUAACAAUGGUAGUGGAGGCGUCAACACUGGCACCAUAUCGAUAUCAUCCGCAGUUGAUCUUGGUACGCAGCAAACUGUUGCCGCUGCAAGCAGCACUAUCGGCGUGGCGAGUACUUCGAGUGGCGACUUUGUCACACCCAGCUUGGCCGCCAUGGUUACCGAUGCGAUUUGCCGUGGACCGCCCAAGAUGGUGCAACGUCCCAAUGGUCCAUUACAGUCGGAUGGCACGACCAUGUUCCCCUCGCAGGCGGGGCCGGUGUGUCAGACGCUGGUGGAGAAUGCACACAAGUUAACGGACUUUUUUAUAUCCGUCAUGGAGGACACCAUGCUGGAGAUGUCUGUCGGCGAGGAACCCGUGUUGCAAGCCAAAAUAACAUUGCUUAAAAUGGAGCUUGAACGCACUAAACAGGCAUAUGAACAAGAAAUUGCUGAACUGAAACGUACCUCCGAUCUAAUGCUCUGCGAAAUGCGAAAAAGCAUGGAGAACGAGAAGACGCGCAUCGCCAACGAGAUACGCAAGCAAUGCGAGCAAGAGCGCCUGCGAUCCAUCGAGGAGACCAAAAAGAAGCAGUGGUGCUCGAAUUGUGGGCGCGAAGCGCAAUUCUAUUGCUGUUGGAAUACGUCCUACUGUGAUUAUCCCUGCCAACAAAUGCAUUGGUCGCGUCACUCGGCAACCUGUGCUCAAACACGACCCACAAAUGCCGGCGUUAGCGAGAGUUUGGCAAAAACCGCCAGCAGCACCAUGACGUCGACAGUGUCGGCAAUGGGACAACCGCAGCCGCAGCAACUGCAUGCUGGAGCCGGCGCUAAAGCUUCUAGUGGCAAUAUAAUGACCGUCACAACAACAACUUCAAUGGCGCAACAGCAAUCGGCGCACUACAAUAAAAAUGCUAUGAACAACAAAAAGGACAAGCACGGCUUGCCAAAAGUCGGCCAUCAACAGUCCGUGGCGAAUACGGUUAGUGUUGGCAGUAGUGGUGGCGGCAGUGCUGGUAUUACCUCGAUGGCCACAAUUGCCGCUGCCAAUGCAAGCGGAGCAGCGACCGAAUUGCUGAAGCUGCCCUCUAAUACUUAUUUGCGCACUGUGCCGCAGUGCGGUAGCGUUGUGAAUAGUAAUAGUGGCAGUGGAAAUAUGCGGGGUUCAGCAUACUCAGUGCAACGCGUCAAUAUACCGCUGCCCAUAACAGCUCUCGUACAACGCGGCAAUAGCUGGGAGCUGACCAGCGCUGCGCCCACCAACAACGCUGGUGCAGCUAAUAUGGCCACAAUAACCGCACCGGCGUCGAACGUAACACAGGCGAUGACACAGCUAACACCCCAGCAACAGCAGCAACAACAUCAGCGAAUGAUGAGCGGUAAUGGCGGCAGCGCUGCGUCAAUGGCCAGAGGCAAUUCGCGCAGUCGAGCAGCUGCUGCAGCGCAAGCGAUGCAACAAACAAUGGCCACAAUGCAUAGUGCGACCAGUGGGGGAGGUGCAACAUCGAUGUCUUGUGGCGUUUUGCGACCCACGCAAAUGUGAUGAUGCGCAGCAGC